AUGCUUUUCCUGGAUAGUAAUCCGAACAUAUUAGAUACUGCCUACGACUACCUCGUUGCUGUCAUCAAGGAUGCAGCAAAAGGUCUUGGUUGGGCUGCUCACCGAAACACCGCUGGUCUUCAAGCCGUUUCAGGAGUAUAUCCUGUACCAGCACAGCAACACGGCGGAUAUCAAUGUGGUUAUCACACAUUCUUGAAUGCCUGGAUCCUCGUUAUGGGUCUCAAACCAGACAAAAACAGGCGCGAAUAUAGUGGAGACAUGUAUGAGGAGGCAUGGAAGCUCGCCAGAGCCGCGACAGCCGGAUUACUUGACUGGAAGGCAUUAGUAGCUUGGUUCUUCUGCCAUAAACUGACCAAGGGAAGGAGCUUCGAAGCUGUCCCCACGAAUCGGCGUUUCGAAACCACUAUUCCUCAAAUGCCAGCAACGCUUGGUAUUCAGGAAGCACUCGGAGAUGGCGAGUUGGGAGAACAUGCGCGACAACGGUACGAUACGGAUGACAGACCUUUGGAGUCACUACCGAUCGCCUAA